CUGCCCCAUGAUUAUUAAUUAACCCUGGGAUUGUAGGUUCUCAUCUGUCCCACCCUAUCCCUGAUAUUAAUCCCUUCCAGGCUGGCGUCUUUUUUCCUUCCCCAGUGUGAACCCCGGGAAUUUGGGUUCUCCUCUCUGUCUCGCUCCCCCUUGCGCCAAGAAAUGGCAGUCUCUCUUUGGAAAAGUUUACUCCAAACCACAAAGAGUAGACUAUUCCUGCAAAGAUGUGUGUCACUUUAUAACAGUGCCCAUGGCUUUGAGGAAGAAGAGAUGAAGAAAAAACUUCAGCAGUUUGAUGGUGGAUCCAUCGACCUUUCUAAGGAAGACAAUGGCAUUGGAGUCCUGACCUUGAACAACCCAAAGCUAAUGAAUGCAUUCACAGGCACUAUGAUGCUAGAACUCCAGGAGAGGGUAACUGAACUGGAAAAUUGGAAGGAUGGGAAAGGUCUUAUCAUCCAUGGUGCAGAAAAUACUUUUUGCUCAGGAUCUAAUUUGAAUGCUGUCAGAGCAAUGUCCAGCCCACAGGAUGGAAUGAACAUCUGCAUGUUUAUGCAAAACACCUUAACCAGACUUAAGAGGCUGCCUCUGAUUAGUGUUGCAUUAGUUCAAGGAAAAGCUCUGGGAGGUGGAGCAGAAUUUACCACCGCAUGUGAUUUCAGGUUAAUGACUCCAGGAAGCGAGAUUAGAUUUGUCCACAAGCAAAUGGGUUUAGUACCAGGCUGGGGUGGAGCUGCCAGGCUAGUACAAAUUGUUGGCAGUGGUGCUGCCCUGAAGCUGCUAAGUGGUGCUCUCAAAGUGGAUCCUGAGAGCGCAGUACAUCUCGGGCUGGCUGAGGAAACUUUGCCGUCUUCAGAUGAAACCAAAUCUUUAGAAGAAGCCCAAGCAUGGCUAAAUCAAUAUACAAAGGGUCCAGCCGAAGUGAUUCAGGCUGUGAAAAAGGUGGUCACAGCAGGAAGAGAGCUACAGUUCGAAGCUGCUUUACGGGCAGAGAAGGACAUUUUUGGAACUGUUUGGGGUGGGCCUGCCAAUUUGCAGGCCUUAGCUCAAAGCACAAAACACAAAUGAUUAACUGUCAAUGCAUAAGAAAAAUGUUUUUGAUCUUUUGCAAACAAAGCCUCCACUAAAGCAGGCAUUUAUUUGAUCCAUUUAAGAAUUUGUUCAUUUAAACUGGCACUAACAUUCCUAGCUUGCAUAUCAUGGAACCAUAUUUGGUGUGCUACCACAGAGAGAAAUCCCCAGUGGAUCCUUUGCUGUUCUAAUCACAGGUAGAAUGGAAAUCAGUGAAAUUAAAGGUAAAUUCUGUGUUGGGAAUUGAACUGUUACUGUCUCAGAAUGGGGUUGAAGACUAUGUUCUUGUUUUGUUUUGAAUUAUUCGCUUGUGAAGAUGCUAGGUUGACUGCACUAGAAAUAAAGCCUAUUCAUCAACCGAACAAGUGCAUCCCAAGCAGGAAAGUACACUUCCCCCCCAACUUGCUGUCAGUGUGCCUCAAGGCAGUUUUGGUGGGACCACCACUAAGGUGACAGGGACGUUUAUUUUCCGUCUUCAAUCAAUUCUUGGCCUCUCUGCUGAGAAUGCAAACCAGGACGCUAAUUGGUAGUGAUGGUUUUUAGAGGUGAAGGACUCCACUAGCACAAGUAACUUCAAAUAAGACAGCAAUUUUUGCUUUCUGUUGGCAUUCUUUGGAAUUCCAGCGUUUGCUUUUGGGAAUUGUUGUUUAACUUGCCCCUGUUCAUAACUUUCUUGUGAUUAAUUUUUCAUUACUUUUCAUAAAGAAAAAAUAAAUAAAAAAUACAUAAUUGUAAAUGACUUCCAGCUUAUAUACAUAACCCAAUACUGCACAUUUCACGGGAUUGCCAAUAGAAUUAUGCAGUUACACAACUUUACAACUUGUCAAAGCUGCAAUACAAAAUCAGACAAUGUUACACAGACAUAAGCUGUUAGAGUGGAGGUAAUAAUAAUAAUUAAUAAUAAAAGAUGUACACAAAUAGGGGAGAAAGGGAGGGAGGAAUGGGAGGUGGGAAAUGGGAGGGAAACAGUGGAGACGUCAGGUGGAAAGGAAGUCUGAUAUUAUUUGAGCUAUCUCCGUAUUCUUUAGCCAAAUGUAUCUAGAAAUGGGGGACGAAUUUCAAAUUCAUAUCAUUGCUCUCUACAUCUAUAAGCUUUCUUAUUCUUAUACAUAUAUAUUCUUUCUUUCACUACUCAGCCAGGUCAAAAUAUCACUGCUCUAAUCUGGGCAUAAGCCUAUUCCAUUAUUAUAAAACCAUUCGUAAUCAUUGCAGUCCUCAAGAACCAAAGUGUUUGUGAUGGAGUUCAACCCAGAAUAGCAGGUACAUAACCUAGGAUACAACUUUCAGCUGAGGUUUGGUUGCUGAAGCCAAGCACUGUUUUCACUCUUCUGUCCACCUCUUUUCCACAGUUGCCUGACUAUUGGACAGUCCCACAGCAUGUGCACUAGGGUUCCUUUCUCCUUAUUUACAGCACCAACAACAUCAGAGGACAAGGCCUGCAUCUUGCACAACUUUUGUGGCAUCCAGUACAUGUUGAAUAGAAUCUUUUGCUGUAACAGAUGUAACCUGAGUUCCACAGAAACAUUUUUAACAUUCUGUGAUAUGCUUUGCCACUAGGAUCAUUUUAAGGGCUGUGAUAACCCUUUCUCAUUCUUUCACAAACAACCCCAGACCAAUCAAGUUCCUCUUCAUUAGUAAAGCAGACCUAGUGGACAAGGGUGUGGGGAGUUUAUGAAGCAUUUCCAAGAUUUCCAAUAGCUCUAGAGCCUCUGACAGUCCUAGGGCAUCUGGACCAAUUUGAUAGUUAGCAAGUGUUUUUGUUGUAAACACUGCCACUCUGCUGAGGGUGUCAGGUUAUAGCUUUGCUUUAGUGUUGGAAAAGAGGCAAAGCCCUCAUCCUUGACAAAAUGGGAAAUGAUGCCCUUGCUCAGCCAGUUCUUCCACAUUAUAUCUUUUUCCCCAAAUUGCUAGACAGGGUUACCCCAAAUUGAUGCUUUUGCAUGAUGGUGAGGAUGAAAGACCUGAAGACCCAAAGAGCUAGAUCCUCAAAGGAAUUUAGGCACCACAGUGCUGAGUAUUGUAGCAUGUAACCUUAGGUGGCCUGCUACCCAGUAGAACUCCCAGCCCCAAGUUAGGAACCCAGGCUCCUCAUGCAUUGUACUCCGUACCGGAUUUACCAUGGCACCAUGGCGCCGGGUCCACAGUCCAAAGGGGCCCCGGCCUGCUCUUCUCCACCACCACCCUGCUCUCUCCUGUAGGGGCAGAAGAUUGAUGCUACCGGCUCUUGCUGCAGCAGGGCAGGCUCUGCCGGCAGCCGAGCUCCUCCCCCGCCUCUUCCCUCAGCGUGCUACGUUCUCUCCCCUCCCCCUCUCCCUGCUGCCGAUCAGCUCUUUGCCAGCUGGAGGGAGGGGGAAGAGCGGAGCCUCAGCAUGCUCGGGGGGGAGGGGGGAAAGGAGAAGAGGCGGGGCCUUGGGGAAGGGGCUGGAAUUGGGGCAUACCCCCACGACCCUAGCUCACCCCACCAGCCCUCUGCCCACCCUGACCCCUGCACCCUCUCACACCCCCAGCCCCCUGCACCCCAUCACACACACCCACCCCCCUGCACCUCCCACACCUCCCCUGCCCUGACCCCUGCACCACCUCACACACCCAGCCCUCUGCCCUGACCCCUGCACCCCCUCACACCUCCCCAGCCCUCUGCCCUGACUUCUGCACACCCCCCACACACACCCCAGCCCCCUGUAUUCAGUUUGAUUAGACAUAGAUUUGCGCAUUUUAUUUUAUUUUGCUUGGUGAGUUACUUUGUUCUGUCUGUUACUACUUGGAACCACUUAAAUCCUACUUUCUGUAUUUAAUAAAAUCACUUUUUACUUAGUAAUUAACUCAGAGUAUGUAUUAAUACCUGGGGGAGCAAACAACUGUGCAUAUCUCUCUUUCAGUGUUAUAGAGGGCGAACAAUUUAUGAGUUUAUCCUGUAUAAGCUUUAUACAGGGUAAAACGGAUUUAUUUGGGUUUAGACCCCAUUGGGAGUUGGGCAUCUGAGUGUUAAAGACAGGAACACUUCUGUUAGCUGCUUUCAGGUAAACCUGCAGUUUUGGGGCAAGUAAUUCAGACCCAGGGUCUUUGUUGGAGUAGACAAGUGUGUCUGGUUCAGCAGGACAGGGUGCUGGAGUCCUGAGCUGGCAGAAAAGGCAGGGGUAGAAGUAGUCUUGGCAAAUUGGGUGACAGCUCCCAGGGGGUUUCUGUGAUCCAACCCGUCACAGGGAUGUCAGAUGAUUGGGGUAUUUUCAAUCUUUUCUGUUUAUAGUUGGAUGGUUAAUUUAUUCUUGUUAUUGGUGAAGACUGACAACUGGAUUUAUUUUUGAUGUAUGGUUUGCAUUAGUAAAUAAGUGUGAAACUGCCUAGACCUUCAGAAAGGCAUUCUUUGAUUUAGGUUUACAAAAAGGAAAAGAAUUAUUUUGACUUUCAGAUAUCAGGUGGUUGUUGCAGGACCAUCAGUUACAGUUCAUGUGGAAGUGAUGCAAAUAAGAAAUAGAUGCGAUUGAAAAACAAACAUGAAAUCCCAGGAUCCUAUAUUUUAUUAGCUUCAACAAUGGAUCCUUGCAGAAAACUAUAUACAAGAAACUCAGAGAUCACCACAGAGCCCGUAACCACCCCCAAACAAACCAAGAAAUUUGUGGUCUACAGCCAGAUACUCAGGUACUACAGAAUAUGCUCCAAGGAGAAAGUCCAGAACACACACACUUAAAAACCAUCUUCACCAAACAAGGACACUUCACCAGAGAAGUAGAACUUGUCAUGGAAUGAGCCACCCAAAUAUUGUAAAAGAACCUGCUUCAAUAUGAGGAGAAGGAAACCUCUGACCAACUCCCCAAAUUGUCAUCUGCCACCUCACGCUGGAACCUGCACAGCAUAUUAUUAAAGAACUAUGAUCCAUACGCAAUGGGGACCACAUCCUGAAAGAAAUCUUUCCCAAACUCUUUCUUCUGGCCUUCAAAAAAAAAAUCCAACCUCAUCAAGCUCAUCAGCUGCAGCAAACUCCCCAGAGACCAGGACACACCAAUUCAAAGUGGCACCAGACCCUGCCAUAACAGCAGAUGCAAAAUCUGUAGACAUAUCGCCAUUGCUAUGACAAUCAAUACCUCUCAACAAGAUCCAUGGAUCCUAGAUACGCUUAUUACAACAUGUGGUGCACCACACCCACUGCAUUUAAUGCCCCAAUAACUGUGUGGGUGAAACCAGACAAUCACUACACUCUCAAAUGAACUCACGCAGAAAAAUGACAACAGACAAAAACACUCAUGGGUGAAAACUUUUCACAGAACGAUCACUCCAUAUCUGACCUCUCAAUCCUCGCCCGCAAAGAAAACCUCCACACCUUCAAAAGAUGAUCCCAGGAACUUAAAUUUAUAAGUUUGUUAGACACUAAAAUCAUGGACUCAGUGAAGACACUGGAUUUAUGGCUCAUUACCACAAUCUAUAACCCACUAACUCUCCUUUGGCCUAUGACUGCAGAGACGUUUGUCCAGUUCACCUUGAGUUGUCUCUUACAACAAGUAAAUUCCUUAUGCUAAACAAUCUUUCACCUUGUACUUAGCUGUGAUACUGUGGGUACCUGUUCCAGACCUGAAGAAGAGCUCUGUGUAAGCUUGAAAGCUUGUCUCUUUCACCAACAGAAGUUGGUCCAAUAAAAGAUAUUAUCUCA